AUGACUAAUUUCGAGAGGCUCAUCUGUCACUACUACAGUUGUUUGAGUGACGCUACUUUCGCCUUCGUAAAAAAAAUAGAAAAACAGGAAUAUUGCAUCUUGAUCAAACAUUGUUUUUUGAUGGGAAAAACUCCUGAACGAUCAUUGCAAUGGUUGCAGAAAUGUUAUCCCACAUCUGCUCCUUCGAGAACAACAGUCUAUCGGUGGUUUAGUGAAUUUAAAAUGGGUCGUACAAGCACCGAAGACGCACCUCGCUCUGGAAGGCCAAAAGAGGCUACGAAUGCGGAAAUCGUAAAGCAAGUGUAUCGAAUCGUUUUGAAUGAUCGUAAAGUGAAGUUGUGCGAGUUAGCUGAGGCCGUGGGCAUCUCAAAAGAACGGGCGGGAUACAUUUUGCACGAUGUUUUGGAGAUGAAAAAGCUAUCGGCGCGAUGGGUGCCGCUCUUGCUGACCGUCGACCAGAAACAGCAGCGUGUUGAUUCAACGGCCGGUUUGGCGUUGUUGCAGCGUAAUCGAGAGGACUUUUUUCGACGUUUUGUGACGAUAAAUGAAACGUGGGUCCAUUAUCAUCUUAGAGCAUAUAUACAUGGAGAGGGAAUGGCCAAUUCAAAGUGUAUCCAAGAUCUGUGCGAGUGA